UCUCUGUUCUUGACCACCACCUCGCGCCUUCGAGGUCCCCAUUUCUUGCAUCUGCGGGCCUCGUGUGCUCGUCGGGGGGCGCUUCCGCUGGCGUCCUCGGUCUUCUGGUUGCCUGCUGGUCUGUAUUUCCGCGGCUGGCCGGCUCUAGUCGGGCGACGCGUCAUCGCUCGACGCGCGCGCUCCUGCGCGUUCUUCAACGUUCUGUCGGCGCUUUCUUGGCCUAGCGAGCCUCAAAUCACGCUGGGGUUGCUGGAUGAUGGGGUAGAAGGACUUGGGGAGGGCGGAGCAGCGAGUCUCGAUGGUUUGGUGGUCGUUUGGAGACCAGGUCAAGAUCUUCCUCUGUUUCCCUGGCCUCUGCGGGCCUUCAUUCUCCCGACGCUUCUUGCGGUCGGCGCGCUUCUCGACGCCAACGUGUUGCUCGGUGACGCGCGCGCUUUGCCGCGGUUUCCGACUUCCUGCGGCCGACAAUCUCCUCAAAACCAACGUUUGGUCGAUGACGCGCGCGCUUUGUCGCGGUUUUCUACCUCCGCACUGGCUGUUCCUCCCGAUUCGACCGUGCAAUGUUUGGGGCGGCUGGGAGUUUGAAAAGGGGGGGGCAGGAGCUCGGUGGCGGGAUACACGUGGCUUGCACCAUCUCGGUGAGCCCUGGCGGUUCGAAAAUACUUCCCCAUCCCCAUCCUUCCUCUUCCUCUCGGAUGCUAGCCGUUUUCGGCGGUAUUCGUUCGCUUCCACCUUCUCGUUCGAGCAGCGCCAAAACCCAGCCAACUGCUGCAUGCUAGCCGUUUUACAGCAGCAGUAG